AUGUUCAGCAAGAGCAGUGCAAAACUUGCGAAUGCUCUUUUUGCAAAAGAUGAUGCAUCCAAAGUACCUGGACUCCUUCUUCCUGCACCUCCAGGUCUUCGAAUUGAGAGUUUUGAAGAUAUUGAUCUCUACUGUGAUCGCAAGACACUGGCAGUUGCAAUGUGCAGUGGAGGGCUGGACAGCACAUAUCUCAUCUAUCGUCUUCACAAACUCGGAUUCUCAAACAUCCACAUUGUUGUUGUUGAUGUCGGCGGAGAGAUCGAUAUGAUCACACUGGAGACACUUGCAUCCAAGUACAAUGCAAUCUUUGAGUGUCUCUCUGGCAUCAAGCCAUUCAUCGAGAAUGUCGAAAUGGGUAUUCGCGCACAUGCUAUGGCGUAUGAUCUGUACCCCAUCAGCAGUUCUUUGAGUCGUCCUGUCAUUGCUGGUCUCAUCACCAACUAUGCCAAUAAGGUCGGUGCUGGGCUGCUACUUCAUACAGCCAACCUUUCUCAGAAUAGUCUGCCGAGGCUGAACCAGUCCAUUCAAAGAAACGGAUUUCAAGGACCUUUCGGGAGUCCUUAUGUGAAGUCGACGAUUUCAAGGGACGACAAGGCAUGGGAAUUGGCCAAUGCCGGUUUCCCAAACAUGGCCCAUCGGAAACUCAGUGGUGAUGAAAACCUCUGGUGUCGUGAGUUUGAGAACGGUUCAGCGGAUGAUCCCGAGGGAUUCUCAGUGCCUGAUAAUGUCUGGGAAUGGUCUCGGGACGGCAAAGCUCACAGCCCCGAGAAGAUCACGCUUGAGGUUGAGGAUGGUCUCCCAGUUGCUGUGAAUGGUAUCAAAUACCAUUUGGUUGACAUGAUACCUCUCCUUAACCAUAUGGUUGGCAAGUUUGGCCACGGUCGGUCCGUCGGCCUCGAAGCUAUAGCUUCGGGUCAGAAAGUCUUGGAACUGAGGGAAGCUCCCGCAGCGACCAUCAUAAUGAAUGCACGACGACAUAUCGAGACAGCUACAUUGUCAACUGAGACCUUGAGACACAAACGUGGUCUUGAGGAGCAGUGGGUUGAUGAAGUCAUCGCUGGUCGUUGGCAGAGCAAGAUUCAUCAAAUGUGCGAGGCUGCUAUUGUAGCUGUCUCAGUAGGUGUGACUGGUACCAUCACUUACGAUAUCGGUCACACGCGAUUGUUCCCUUGUUCAAUCAAGGCAUCAAAGCCCUUGUAUAUCUGCGAUCGUGAUGUAUGGGAGCAUGAAGCGGCCCUGGAGAGUUGCGCGAAGACUACCGAUGUCAUCCGCUUUUUGAGAAAUAUUGCUUGA